AUGCAUUUGUAUCCAUCCACAAUUAGAGUGAUUACACUUAUCACUCUCACAAGUCCUUUAAUCCAUUCAGGUGCCACUCAGGUUUUGGAGUGUGUCAGAGAAGUGUUAGAAUAUAACCCGGGCCAAUGGGAUCAGUUUUGUGUGUUUCGAUCGAUUUCACCAAGCCUUCAAGAGCUAAACUUUUUCCCAAAUAAUGCAGAUAAUGUAGCUUUCAUUAACUCGACGAUUCCCAGCCUACCGGAAAAUUUCUACAUACAGUUCACAAAUCUCAAAGUCCUGUUAGUCCAGAAUAUCGGCCUGAUAACGCUUACGAUCACAGAUUCGAUGCAGAUUGUCUACGCCCAACACAAUCUAAUACAUACACUGAUCAUCAAUGGAGGCAAGAAGAUGACAAUGUUGUAUUUGCAAAAUAAUCCGAUCACAACCAUGCAAAAUAUUACACAUAAUUUGACUGGGCUGCAGAUUUUGGACGUUAGCCACACAAGUAUUACCUCGGAAACAGACAACACCAUCGAUUUCGUGAUGUUCGCUACGAUGCCAAAUUUAACGGAGUUAAAUUUGGCGCAUGUUGAUGCGAAUUACGUAGAAAAUGAAGCACAACUCACCCUACCGAAUCUAAAGAUCUUGAAUCUCUCAGGAAAUAUAAUAACCGCCAGCAAUUUUGACCUAUCCGUGUUUCGUUCGCUGCCCAGCUUGGAAGAACUUUAUUUAAGCGAUACGGCGUUGCCACAUCUUAGCAUAUCGAACAUGCGCGAUGAUUUUCCAGCGCUUCAAAGGAUACACCUCGAGGGUAAUGAUUUUAAAUGUGAUUUUCUACAAUCACUGCUAGUGCAUCUCAAGGAACAACAAGUAGAAGUUUUAGCAACCUCAAGAAAAUGUUAUUUGGGGUAUGAAAAGAUCGAAGGUAUGUGCUGCAAAAGAGAUAUCACGAAUAUUGGCAAUACACUACCCACAAUUACGGAUAACAUAAACCCAACAGUGCCUUCCGUUCCAAAGGAUUCGCCUUCUCUGCCAAAGGAAGGCCUACCACCACCUUCAGACUAUACGUUUUAUAUUAUAUUAGGUGCGAUUGUUAUGGCUGUAUUGUUCUUAUCCGUCGCUUGCUACUGGCUUCUAAAGUAUAUAAUAAUGAAAUAUAAAGGACGCAUAUCUGUGCCAGAUCGUGAUGGUUUGGAUGAUUUAUGACUUAAUCACGAGGAUGCACCAAUCUCUAAUACAACAUAAAUUUUGCUUUAAAAAUUAUCAAUAUAUGUAUGUCACGCAAAAAAAAUAAAUUCAUUUAUGCCAAUAGGUUUACAUGAGAACGAAC